AUGAAUUUUUGAACAACUUGGCAAACAACUAACCAGAAUAGCCAACCAACCCCAGGGAGAGAGAAUCCUCAUCCAGACCUUCGUGGCUUUAUCUUGUCCUUUCAUCCUUUAUUAAUUUGUAGAUUGCCUAAUUGAAGAGCAAAACAACGCCGGCGGGUAACAGCUAUGAAACCAUUCUUCUUCUUCUUCUCGAUUUUUACCAUUCUAUUCUCUUUCAGCGUCCACAUCUCUUCAAUUUCUUCAAAAUCAACGGACCCAACCCCAGCUCCAUGGCCUCUUCAAUUCCACCCAAUCCUCUUCAUGAACAACAGUGGAACCCUCCAGAAAGUGGACCUGUGGUACGACUGGCCCAACGGCCGGAAUUUUAACAUAAUCCAGAACCAGCUAGGGAAGCUGACAUAUGAUCUUGAAUGGGAUAAUGGUACUUCCUACAUUUACACUUUAGACUCGAGCCAAGAGUGCAGGGUGUUGCAUUUCUCUGUAGGCAUUCUUCGCCCAAACUGGCUGGAUGGAGCCACGUACCUGGGUCAGCAACACGUAGAUGGGUUUCUGUGUAAUGUGUGGACUAAAGUUGAUUUCAUUUGGUAUUAUGAAGAUGUUGUUACAAAGAGACCUGUUCACUGGGUCUUCUACACAGGAUACACAGCUCAUGUGAUGACGUUUGAGGUGGGAGCAAUACUUGAAGAUCCAAAGUGGCAGGCUCCUGUUUAUUGUUUUACUUUUAAGGAAGAGGAGGAGGAAGAACAGGAAAAGGUGGCUUUACUUGAAUCUGCGGCUUCUGGUUCUUCCUUCCGGAAAUUGAGUAGUAGGGUUAUCAAUAACGCUUCCAACCUGUGAUUUUCUGUAUUCCCGUUCUGUGAUUUGCUUUAGUUUUUUAACAAUAAAUCUUUUGCAGAUGGAUAAAUAAAAUUUGAAUUGAAUUUUAGAGGAAACAGAAAUAAGUUUCGUUUUC